UGGCAGCACUGUAGCUGUCACUUCUGACAACAUCUAGCUCUGCCCGGACGUCAAAAAGCCGAACUGUUCCAAAACAACGACACACGACGCUGAAUUUUUGCAGCACGAUGUUCAAAAAAUUCGAUGAAAAGGAAAGCGUCUCAGGAGUUCAACAAUUGAAGUCCUCGGUCCAGAAAGGUAUUCGGGCGAAGCUGAUUGAGCAGUUUCCCACCAUCGAAAAUCACAUCGAUCUAGUGUUGCCGAAGAAAGAUGCUUUCCGGAUAGUGAAAUGUCACGAUCAUAUUGAACUUUUAAUCAAUGGCGCGGGCGAACAAGUGUUCUUCCGGCACAGAGAUGGACCAUGGAUGCCGACGCUGAAGCUGUUCCAUCGAUUUCCGUUCUUUCUGCCAAUGGAGCAGGUGGACAAAGGUGCCAUCCGUUUUGUGCUAAGUGGGGCUAACAUUAUGUGUCCGGGCCUGACGUCACCGGGCGCAUGUAUGACGAAGGUUGACAAGGGAACGGUAGUGGCGAUCAUGGCCGAAGGCAAGCAGCAUGCAUUAGCUAUUGGACUGACCGCACUGUCGACAGAGGAUAUUGCCAAAGUAAACAAGGGCGUCGGGGUGGAAAAUUGUCAUUAUCUCAACGACGGACUCUGGCAGAUGAAACCGAUUAAAUAAAACACGUCUUAAAGGCGUUCCUUCAUUGCUGUGUUGUACUACGCGAA